UCCUCUUACCUUAGCUAGAACUUGCGACGGAUUCGUUCCCAAAGUGAUGCUCUAGUGGCAAGAGUAACACCAGUUUGUCAUUGUCCGCAGAAAGAGGAGCCUGCGGUCCUUACCAGGUUCAGCAGAACGAGUGGCAUCCUUCUCCUGAACAUGCCACCACUCGGGCUGUGACAUUCUUGGGCACAGCGUAGUUCCACGCGCGGACCCCGCACGUCAAGCGACACUUUAGGGACUUUGACUGCUGCUAGGACUGACCACCGUACUCCUACCUACCCAGGCUAGCUCCGUCCACUUAGCACGUUUGCAUUUAUUCGCGGAUCUUCCAAGACUCGGUCUUGUAAAUGUUCAGCAUUUCGCUGCUUUCCUGCCUUUUUCUGGGGACUGUGCCAGCACUUACCCAGACGGGCGGAGAGAGGAGGCUCAGCCCAGAGAAGAGCGAAAUAUGGGGACCCGGGCUAAAAGCACACGUGGUCCUUCCUGCCCGCUAUUUCUACAUUCGGGCGGUGGAUACCUCAGGGGAACCGUUUACAUCUUCUCCAGGUGAAAAGGUGUUCCAGGUGAAAAUCUCAGCACCUGAUGAGCAGUUCACUAGAGUUGGUGUCCAAGUUUUAGAUCGAAAGGAUGGGUCCUUCAUAGUAAGGUAUAGAAUGUAUGCAAGCUACAGAAAUCUGAAGAUAGAAGUUAAACACCAUGGGCAACACGUUGCCAAGUCUCCUUAUGUUUUAAGAGGACCAGUUUACCAUGAGAACUGUGACUGUCCUUUGGAAGACAGUGCAACCUGGCUACGCGAGAUGAACUGUUCAGAAACCAUCACUCAGAUUCAGAAAGAUCUGGCGCAUUUCCCUACUGUUGAUCCUGAAAAGAUUGCAGCAGAAAUCCCAAAACGAUUUGGACAGAGGCAAAGCCUGUGCCACUAUACCUUAAAGGACAAUAAGGUUUAUAUCAAGACUCAUGGUGAGCAUGUUGGCUUUAGGAUUUUCAUGGAUGCAAUACUACUUUCAUUGACUAGAAAGGUGAGGAUGCCAGAUGUGGAAUUUUUUGUUAAUUUGGGAGACUGGCCUUUGGAAAAAAGGAAAUCCAACUCCAACAUUCAGCCGAUCUUUUCCUGGUGUGGCUCCACAGAAUCCAGGGAUAUUGUGAUGCCUACGUACGACCUGACUGACUCUGUUCUAGAAACCAUGGGCCGAGUAAGUCUGGAUAUGAUGUCAGUGCAAGCUAACACAGGGCCUCCCUGGGAAAGUAAGAAUUCCACAGCUGUCUGGAGGGGCCGGGACAGCCGCAAAGAGAGACUAGAGCUGGUAAAGCUUAGCAGAAAACAUCCAGAGCUCAUCGAUGCUGCUUUCACGAAUUUCUUCUUCUUUAAACAUGAUGAAAGCCUGUAUGGGCCCAUUGUGAAACACAUUUCGUUUUUUGAUUUCUUCAAGCACAAGUAUCAGAUAAAUAUUGAUGGCACUGUGGCAGCAUACCGAUUACCCUAUCUACUGGUAGGUGAUAGUGUAGUUCUGAAGCAGGACUCCAUCUACUAUGAACAUUUUUACAAUGAGCUGCAGCCCUGGAAACAUUACAUUCCAGUCAAAAGUAACCUAAGUGACCUGCUGGAAAAGCUCAAGUGGGCAAAAGACCAUGAUGCAGAGGCAAAGAAGAUAGCAAAAGCAGGACAAGAAUUUGCAAGAAAUAAUCUAAUGGGUGAUGAUAUAUUCUGUUAUUACUUCAAACUGUUCCAGGGCUAUGCAAAUUUACAAGUGAGUGAGCCUCAAAUUCGAGAGGGUAUGAAGAGGGUAGAGCCACAGUCUGAGGAUGACCUCUUCCCUUGCACAUGCCAUAGGAGAAAGGCCAAAGAUGAACUCUGAUAAGCAAGAUACCUUCUGUUCAAAUGAUGGUGCUGUGAAGACAGUUUACUGUAAAGAUUAUUUUUUAAGUAUGUUUCACAGACAGUGUAAAAUUUACAUGUGCCCAUUCACUCGCAGUAUUUCCUCUUAUGCAGUGUUCCCAUGACUGUCUUUUACAUCACAUUUUAAAAUUUUUAUAAUAAAACUGCCUUUAUUUUAA